GCAGGGCUCAAUAGACAGUGCCGUACGGAAUUGAAGAAAUUUUGUUAAAUGAAUUGAAAAGGAAAAACAAUCGUUUUUCAUCAGAGAUUUGUUUUAAUAGAAGGUUUGUAAACUAUUUAAAAUAUAUUAUGAAUAAAGUCUUACUUGAAAGACGUACGGCAUUUUUACCAGGCUAAACUUUAAUUAUAUUCCAUCCCACGGACAGAUCGUUGCCGACCCCUGCUAUAAACAAUUCCUGUCACUGUGCUCACCCGCUGUAGUGUCAAUGUUGUUGGGAGGUAAUAUAUAAACAAUUUCUCUGCAGAAGAUCGUGAUAAGUGAACAAUUAGUCAUAGAAACGUAUCGAAACCAAUAAAAUAAAUAUGGAAAAUGCAUUUGCACCUAUUAGUGAAGCGUGUGUUAAAGCCCUCAGCGACAAAACAUAUGAGAAACGAAAAGUGGCUGCCUUGGAGAUCGAAAAGAUGGUCACCGAUUUCAAGAUGAAAAAGAAUAUGACACAGAUCAAACGGAUCAUCGAUGUGCUGAGCAGAGAUUUUGUUCGUUCGAAUGACUCGAAUAAAAAGAAGGGUGGCUUGAUAGCGCUGGCAGCGACUAGUAUCGCGCUCGGCAAGGACACGGAAAAGUUUAUCGAAGAUAUCGUCAAUCCAAUAAUGAAUUGCCUGAUCGAUAAUGAUAAUCGUGUACGAUUUUUCGCCAGUGAAUCAUUGUACAACGUGGUAAAGGUUGCGCGCGGGGCCGUACUACCCUUCUUUCCGAGCGUAUUCAACGCCCUCAGCCGGCUUGUAACGGAUCCGGAUCAGAGUAUCAAGAAUGGGAGCGAAAUUCUUGACCGAUUGUUGAAAGACAUCGUGAUCGAAUCGUCGCAAACGUUUGACCUGGAUGCGUUCAUCCCGCUGGUACGGGAGCGAAUCAUGGCGAAGAGUUCGUUUGCCCGGCAGUUCAUCAUAUCGUGGAUAUCUGUGCUGAAUGCGGUGCCUGAGAUAAAUAUGGUUAUGUUUCUGCCCGAAAUAUUGCACGGUCUGUUUCAGAUAUUAGAGGAUCCGUUGCCCGAAAUUCAGCGUAUGUGCGAAUCUCUGUUGGCACAGUUUCUCAAAAUCAUCAAGAUGGAUCCAACCGCCGCAGACAUACCGAAGAUGACGAAUGUGCUGAUUGUGCAGGCUCAGUCUAGCAAUCCGCUGAUCCAGUUCUAUGCUAUCUCGUGGAUCAAGGAGUUCGUGCAGUUGUCCGGUGGUGAGAUACUAAGCUUCUCGAGCGGUAUAUUCACCGCAAUACUGCCCUGCCUAGCGUUCGAGAGUGACGCGAAAAAGAACAUUAAGGAUUGUGCCAACGCGGUCAAUCUGAACCUGCUCGAACUUAUCUCAAACGGUGAGGAUAAGCAGAAGAAUCUCAGCUAUCUCGAUCUGAACUCGGUAAUGGAAGUGCUGCGCCAGUAUCUCGUCCACAGUCCCGUCCCGACGAAGAUUGCUGUGCUGAAGUGGGUCCAUCAUCUCUUUACCGAGGUGCACGACGAAAUGUCGGAGCACGCGAACAAACUGUUCCCGGUACUGUUGCGCGACUGUCUGUCGGACAGCUCGGAUGAGGUGGUCCUGCAGGCGAUCGUUGUGCUGGCGGAAAUUGUUAAUUCGGCCACGGUAAAGGGUAACGAUUUCGACCAAACGCAAUACCGACAGUUUCUGGUGGAGCUGCUAAACUUGUUCAGCGAAAACAACACAUUCCUGGAGAAGCGUGGCACCUUGAUUAUACGGCAGCUGUGCCGGUUGCUGAACGCGGAAUACAUCUACCGAACGUUUGCGGAAAUUUUGCUAGAAGAACGAAUCAGUCUCAAAAUUGCUUCGACCAUGGUUCGAACACUGAACAUGAUACUGCUCACGACGUCCGAUCUGUUCGAUCUGCGCAACAUGCUACACGACAUACGAAAUGAGAAGUCUGCCUCAUUAUUUGAGUGCCUUUAUAGAUGUUGGGCCCACUGUCCUGUGUCGACAUUGUCACUCUGCCUGCUGGCACAGUGUUAUCAACACGUAUCGGAAAUCGUCACUUUAUUUGCUGAUAUAGAAAUAACCGUAGACUUUCUCGUAGAAAUCGAUAAGAUGGUACAGCUUAUCGAAUCACCGAUAUUUGCAUCUUUACGAUUAGCCCUUAUUUCCCACUCCAAUGAUAAUGCUGACGCCCAACAUUUAUCUCGUGCGCUGUACGGCAUAUUGAUGCUUUUACCCCAAACGGAAGCGUUUCAUCUGUUGAACAAUCGGUUAAAGUGUGUGCCUAACUAUUGGAGUCAACCGAACAAGAUCAGCUCUAAAUCCACGAACGAAAGCCAAUGCAACAUAAAGUUUGACGAGCUGUUCAUCUACUUCAAGCACAUACAAGAUCUUCACCAUCAAAAGCGUGUCGAGAAGCGAAAGAAAAAUCAAUUCUAAAACGAGUUUGCGAUUAUCAUCGAUGCAAAAACAUAAAAACUAUUUUUUUAUGUGUAUCCCAAAUCAGUUAUAAUUGCAUAUAUUUUUUAUAAAGCCUAAUUGUGCUAUAGGCGAGCAAAUCAGGAUAAUUUUUAAGGGCUAAAACUGCUUCCAAAUUAAUAUGUUAUAUUUUUAAUAAUUCUUGUAAAUGUACAACAAUAAAGAAACAGGAUGUCUCAUCUUUAUUAUACAUUCCCUGCACAAUUAGCAGAUGCUUUCUUUAUCAUCUAACAAACAAAGAACCAUAACAUCCAAGCGGGAUAGGUUACGAACAAAGAGUAAACAAUAAAUACAUUCUUAUAUCCGUGUAAAAUUUGUUGUCUUAAAACAGGCAUUUUUUGGCUGGGUA